CUCACUUAGUGUAUAAUUGCAUACAACAUUAUAAGAAUGCGUCUAUUUUAUUUGAAGCCUGUACAACUCCCACUCCCUCAAAAAAAAAAAAAGAAAAAAAAAGAGUGUUCAAAACGUUUUGGGUCUCGAUUUUCUUGCCAUGAGUUACCACAUCGGUAAAAUAUUCUCCUUUUUUCCCAAAGCGCAAAGUAUCCUAAUGACAAAAUACAAAUUGCGGGAUUCUCCUUGAUCUGACUGACCUAUGAAAAGCUUUAGAAUGUUACUCCAUGCAACAAAAAAAAUAAAAUAAAAUUGAAGAAUUCGCGACAACCUGCAUCGAACAAGGAAAACCAGCUCUCUUGACGCCACUGAACCUCAGUACGUUCCACGGCCCAAUAUUAGAGAGAGAUACAUAUUUACGUUCAUCCAGCCACUGCAGGUCCUGAAAAAAAGGAUAUAUGCUUUGGCAAAGGUAACUGCAAAAUAUCUUCGUAAAGACAUACAAGUGCAAAUAAAGAAAAUAACAAAGUGGUGUAAAGUAACAGUGAAUUAUUUCCAUACUGAUAAUAUCCAUCAACACCUCUCAUUCCACCAGAACUUUUUAUCAUGGUAGGACCCGUUGAUACAGGUGAACUAGUUCGAUCUUUAGUACGUAUACCAGGGAGUGGCCAUGACAAAUCAGCUGGAUCGGUCUGCCUUGACCUUGCCAGGGUCUCCACUCUGGCUGCAUCCGUUCCUGUUCCACAGACAUUACCACCAGCACUCUUGUCCCAGAAGCAACCGCCUCCCCAGGAUCAAACGAAGUUAGGAAGUAAGACCGGGGCAGCAAUAGGAGCUCUUCCCAGAACGUUGACUCUACUUCCCAACAGCAGAGGUCGCAAGCGGUCGUGUGCAGAAGAGGCUGCGACUAGCUCCGCACGUAGCAGUGCAGCAUCGUCCCAAUCUUCUGGCCAGAGUCCACCUGUGAAAAGAACCCGCAUCGUUUAUAUGACAGCAGAACAGUUGGCAAGGUGCCCUAAUGUUUCAACUGUUAAUACCCCAUCAGGACCUAUAUUCUGUAUGUCUCUACAGUCCACCAGUUCUAAUUCCCCUGCACCUUCCAUCUCGCAAGACAGCCUGUCACAGCUUCUGAAUGACAGGAAUAACUUGAGGCAACAGAACGUGCAACUGCAGCAGCGACUGGCGCUCUACCUGCACAUUUUCAGAAACAGGAAUAGGUUAACCUCAGUGGCCGAAGGAUUAGGUGUAAAAAUACCCUAAGAUUUUGUUCCUGUGACCUCUCUUUCCUCCUUCAUGGGUUAUUCCCGUGUUGGUGUUCUCUCUCUCCAUCUUCAUGGGUUAUUCCCGUGUUGGUGUUCUCUCUCUCCAUCUUCAUGGGUUAUUCCCGUGUUGGUGUUCUCUCUCUCCAUCUUCAUGGGUUAUUCCCGUGUUGGUGUUCUCUCUCUCCAUCUUCAUGGGUUAUUCCCGUGUUGGUGUUCUCUCUUUUUCUCUCUCCAUCUUCAUGGGUUAUUCCCGUGUGGGUGUUCCCUCAUUUUACCUUCAUGGGUUAUUCCCAUGUUGGUGUUCUCUCUCUCUCUCUCCCUCCACCUCCACGGGUUAUUCCUGUGUUGGUUUCCCCUUAUCCCGCUUUCAUGGGUUAUCUAUUUCCACUUAUUGUACCUCCAUGGGUUACUCCUGUGUUGGUUUUUCUUUCUCUCUCCAGUUUCAUUGGAUAUUUCAUGUCAGUUCAGCUCAAUUCAGUUCAUUGUUCAUUAAUUUAAAAUGUUUCAUAAACAUAUCCAACCGUUUCCAUUACUCAUUCGUGCUGACGUAAAGUGGGGUAACUAUACUUUUUUUUAUAUUUUGCCUUAUCAUCACAUUUAUAUAGGUCACAUUUAUAAGUUUUUAAUCAGUAACACCAAUACAGGAACUUGUUCCAGCGUUGGUGUUCCUUCUCCACUUCCAUGGGUUAUUCCCGUGUUGGUGUUCCUUAUCCACUUUCAUGGGUUAUUCCCGUGUUGGUGUUCCUUCUCCACUUUCAUGGGUUAUUCCCGUGUUGGUGUUCCUUCUCCACUUUCAUGGGUUAUUCCCGUGUUGGUAUUCCUUAUCCACUUCCAUAGGUUAUUCCUGUGUUGGUGUUCCUUCUCCACUUUCAUGGGUUAUUCCCGUGUUGGUGUUCCUUCUCCACUUCCAUAGGUUAUUCCUGUGUUGGUGUUCCUUCUCCACUUCCAUAGGUUAUUCCUGUGUUGGUGUUCCUUCUCCACUUUCAUGGGUUAUUCCCGUGUUGGUGUUCCUUAUCCACUUCCAUGGGUUAUUCCUGUGUUGGUGUUCCUUCUCCACUUUCAUGGGUUAUUCCCGUGUUGGUGUUCCUUAUCCACUUUCAUGGGUUAUUCCCGUGUUGGUGUUCCUUAUCCACUUUCAUGGGUUAUUCCCGUGUUGGUGUUCCUUAUCCACUUCCAUAGGUUAUUCCUGUGUUGGUGUUCCUUCUCCACUUUCAUGGGUUAUUCCCGUGUUGGUGUUCCUUCUCCACUUCCAUAGGUUAUUCCUGUGUUGGUGUUCCUUCUCCACUUCCAUGGGUUAUUCCUGUGUUGGUGUUCCUUAUCCAUUUCUAUGGGUUAUCCCUGUGUUGGUGUUCCUUAUCCACUUCCAUAGGUUAUUCCUGUGUUGGUGUUCCUUCUCCACUUUCAUGGGUUAUUCCCGUGUUGGUGUUCCUUCUCCACUUUCAUGGGUUAUUCCCGUGUUGGUGUUCCUUAUCCACUUCCAUAGGUUAUUCCUGUGUUGGUGUUCCUUAUCCACUUUCAUGGGUUAUUCCCGUGUUGGUGUUCCUUAUCCACUUCCAUAGGUUAUUCCUGUGUUGGUGUUCCUUCUCCACUUCCAUGGGUUAUUCCCGUGUUGGUGUUCCUUAUCCACUUUCAUGGGUUAUUCCCGUGUUGGUGUUCCUUCUCCACUUUCAUGGGUUAUUCCCGUGUUGGUGUUCCUUCUCCACUUUCAUGGGUUAUUCCCGUGUUGGUGUUCCUUCUCCACUUUCAUGGGUUAUUCCCGUGUUGGUGUUCCUUCUCCACUUUCAUGGGUUAUUCCCGUGUUGGUGUUCCUUCUCCACUUUCAUGGGUUAUUCCCGUGUUGGUGUCCCUUCUCACCUACACACA